AUGGCAAUGGAAGACUAUUGUGGAGAGGAAUUGGAGCUGUAUCUGGAAUUAUGGGACGAGGAAGACAUACUUUAUAUUAAAAUCAAAGAAAUUGGGGUCCACGUGAUAACAGAGAAGUUAGAUUCAUUUGAAGAGUCCUCAGAGUGGGAGUGGGAUCGUGACAUUGACAACCUGCAAGGAACAACAUCUUGUGGUGACGUUGAAGAGGGGGAUGAGAAUGACAGCCAAAGUGGAAGAGAUAUAGUGAUACCUAAACUAUAUCAUCAUCUUCAUCAUCCCCUUUUGGGUUCAAUUGCAUUCUCUACUGAGGAGCAGUGGAUAAGUCAUUUGCUAAAGGAGUUGCCAGCGUGGGAACUCUACUUUGUACAUGAAGGUGGGAUUGUCAAAAUUGUUUGGGUACCACCAGAAUAUGGUGACGCAGUGGCUUUAUUUGUGGAGAUGGGAGUUUGUCCUUGUGGGAGGAGAUUGUUGAAGAUGGACAGCCUCUGCAAUGGAAGCUUUGUUAGAGUUUUCAAAGCAAAGGAAGUGAAUUUACAGAUCGUGGCAUUUUCAUUUGGUCGUUUUGAAGUCUAUGACCUUUUGGAUCCCUUGGAGUUGAAGAAUUGGCAGCAUCAGCCGGCUGAAUUUCAGAAUGUGAUUGAUUCAGUUUCUACAUUUAGGAAGACUUCAUGCUUUUCUGCAUCUAUUUCUUGGAAUCCGCAAUGGAAUAAAAGCCAGGAACCAAGCUUUGUUCUGGCUUUCAACUCAGAUACACGAAAACUGAACAGUUCUAAGGUACAUCUCAUGGAAGCUGUAUUCUGUUCGUUUCAUUCCAGUGUUGAUUGGAACUUUGUUAAUAAAAUUUAA